UAAGCAGAUAAUGAGUAGUUAUCUGCAGAGUAAGUGGAUUAUAUUUUUUAUGUCUUUUAAUUUUGUGAUUUAUCAUAUUACUCCUACAAUAUUAAAUGAUCUAAAGAUUAAUAGAUCCUUUCAGACCUACUUUGAUUGACAAAGUGAGUGAGUUUUGUUAGAUGAUUUAUGGAAUACAUUUUGUUAUAUACAUGAUUUCAAAUAAUCAUCUCUAUCUUGCUUGAAAUAUCCCAAUAAAAACAGUUUCAACAAAAGUAGGCAUUGCUCGAAAUUAAGUCUCAAUUUAAUUUUGGCGUGGAAUUUGAAAAUUUGAAAUUCCCAAAAAAAACUUGCCGCGAGAUUUUGGAGCCAAAUUGGAGCCCCUCCUAGUGGGUCGAGCCCCACUCUUUUAAAAGUUCGUUUAUGUUUCCCGGUUUCCUUACCAGAUUUCAACUCCACCGAAAGACCCACACCCACACACGCCGACUCAGAUCUGAAAACAUGUUAGUUCAGAGCUGUAUUCCGAGUUCAGUUGAAGUAAGGAAACAAGAUCUUUGCAUUUCCGUACUUAAAACGUAUAAGCUCCAAAAGAUUUCCCUUCAUAAAAGUUGUGCUGCUGCUCAAGUUUCCGGAAUUGAUGACUCUAUUCAGUCGUGUAAGCUGUGUGGUAAAUCCGAAAACGUAUUGAAUCUGUUACUUUGUGAUCGUUGUGAGGAAGCGUUUCAUGUGUCUUGCUGCAAACCCAGGGUGGUAUUGCCAAUUGACGAGUGGUUUUGUCAUUCCUGUGCAAAAAUAGAUCCCAAAAUGUCGGAGAUUAAUUCCUUCUUCUCCAAAUCACGUACUAUUAGUCAGGGGAUUGGCCCAUGUCAAUUUGAAUUCGGUCCAGUAUUGGGUCCAAUAGCAGCCAUGAUCAAGUACCCGGACCCAUUUAUUUCUAAGGUUCGAAUUGGCGAAGCAUAUCAAGCCCAAGUUCCUGACUGGGCUCCGCCCACUGAAGUCAAAACCGACAACGGGGGUUGUUCUGAUUGUGCCGACUCUCAGUUGAAAUCACAAACUGCUUCUAGAAAGAGAAAACAAGAGUUUUCAUCAUAAACGUUACGUACUGGUGGAGCUAGAAGUCUACAGUGAUUUGACACAUUCAUAUAUAUACCGAUCAGACUGAUAACAAUAAAGGGAUGGACUUGGUAUGUAAAUCUUAGAAUUGCAACUCAUGAAAACUUCUGCAUCUACCUGUGCUUCUGAAUCCUAAAUCCUACUCGCUUAUCCAGUUUUGGGCCCAUAGCAUUGAUUAGCAUGAUACCCUUAAUUAAUGCAGUUCCCUACUUUCCCUAUCUCUAUGCCCCUUAGCCUUCAAAUUGCUUAUCCAGUUUUGAGCUUAACAUUAAUUUAGCCUCUAGUGCGCCUAGUACGUUUGCCCCAUCCUUUUGGCUACUUAGCCCUACCGAGCUAGCUAGCUCACUCAAUCGCCAUCAUCAUCCAUCUUCGUUUCUUCCUCCUCCCAUUUCAAUCCUUUCCUCAUUAAUUAAUCAGUGGUCGUUGUAGUGAUCGUCAUGCUCUUCAAUUCGCAAUUGCAAACUGAGUGACUGGUUUGCAGUGACCCCACUAUCAAGCAUCAACCGAACUAGUAGUGCCCGCAACAGCAAGCUCACUACAGAGUGCAUUUAUUUGACAACUGUGGGUCAACAAGUCAUCAACCACCACACACAAUGAUAGAGCUGCAUAGAAUUAUUCAGAUCUUGUCAAAAGAAUUCCUCCUCCCUGGCCACCAAGAAUAUAUUGGGAUUUAACUCCAAUAAGCGUCGGCGGGAUUCGAACCCGGGUAUGGGGGUUCCACACCUGGAGGCUUUUACCAACUCGACUACAUGUGGUGGUUUAUUCACUUUGUUUAUUGCUUUGCUUUGUGUUGGCAAAUCUAAAAGCAAAGUCACUUGUUUCUUUCGCUUUCGACCCAUUAUCCUUGUGUGUACAAUUAGUGCCAGUAAUCCUAUCCCAAUUGGGGGCCAUUACUUGAUUUGUAUUACAUGACCAAUAAAGUUUCUGCUGAUCAUUCCGUCGUUGGAUCCAACUUCAACAACGGGCAAAUUAG